AUGAAUGUUAAUGUUAUCGAUCAUAUUCUGGGUACUAGAAUAGCGAUUGACGAUAAUUUGGAUUUUGUUUUGGAAAGAUUGCAAGAAUGUGAAGGGAAUGAUGAAGAUUUUAUACCGAAUGGGAAAUUGAAACGAGAGGUUUCACAGUUAUACAAGAAGAGUUCUCCUGGAUUGGACGGAAUUCAUACUGUCAUCAUUAGAUCUUCAUAUGAACUCUAUCCUGAAUUUCGAAAGUACAACUAUGCAUUAGGAGCUGAUGUUCAGAAGAUGUACAGACAAAUACUUAUUGAACCAUCUCAACGAAACCUGCAGUUGAUCUUGUGGAAGGAAUCAGUUGGUAGUCCUGUGCAGACUUACCGUCUAAGGACUGUAACAUACGGAACAGCAAGUGCACCAUUCCUUGCAACAAGGGUCCUGAAGCAGUUAGCAAUGGAUGAAGCGACAGACUUUCCUCAUGCCUCAAGAGCCAUACUGAAGGACUGUUACGUGGACGACAUUAUUCACUGGAGCUAA